AUGGCGACCUGUAAAUCUUGUAUCGCGUUGAUGAGCUCGCUGGUCCUGUUCUUAUCUUGCGCCCUGCGAUGUGCGGUCGCUGUUCAGACGGACGCACAAGCAAUGAUGUAUUUAUCUCAAUUUGGCUACUUGAGCCCUUCGAUGAAAAAUCCGAAUUCAGGUCAUAUCAUGUCUGAGGAAACAAUGGCCCGGGCGUUAAUGGAGUUUCAAUCAUUCGUUGGUCUAAAUCUGACAGGUCACUUGGAUGACGAUACGCUACACUAUAUGAGUAUGCCUAGAUGUGGUGUCAGAGAUAAAGUUGGAUUUGCCACAGACUCUAGAUCUAGGAGAUACGCUCUACAAGGUAGCCGGUGGAGGGUGAAAGACUUGACGUAUAAAAUAUCCAAGUAUCCUAAACUGCUGGGUAAGUCGGAAACGGACUCGGAAAUCCGGAAAGCAUUCGACGUAUGGUCUGAUGUUACACCGUUGACGUUUACUCACAAAAAAUCCGGACAAGUACACAUCGAAAUCAGAUUUGAAAAAGGAGAACAUGGCGAUGGUGAUCCAUUCGACGGACCUGGUGGAACUUUGGCACAUGCUUUCUUUCCAGUUUACGGGGGUGAUGCUCAUUUCGAUGACUCAGAAAAAUGGUCAAUAGGUUCAUUCAAAGGCACUAACUUGUUCCAAGUAGCAGCUCAUGAAUUCGGCCACUCAUUAGGAUUGUCUCACUCAGACGUCCGGUCCGCGUUAAUGGCGCCAUUUUAUAGAGGUUAUAAUCCGUCAUUUAAUUUGGACAGCGACGACGUAGAAGCCAUCCAGGCUCUGUACGGCGCUAGCAGCUCGGGAGAAGGAUCAGACAACGACGACGACAGCACUAGCCAGGGAUCCGGUAAAAAGACAACAACGCAAGAACCGCCCGGCACAGAGGGCAGCGACGCUGAAUUGUGCACGGACACUAAAGUGAACGCUUUGUUCAAUUCGGCCGCCGGCGAAACUUUUGUGUUUAAAGGCGAUUACUACUGGAAGUUGACGGACGACGGACUCGCUCAAGGAUUUCCCAAGUCCAUCGCGGGCACGUGGUCCGGCCUGCCGGGAAACAUAGACGCCGCGUUUACGUAUAAAAACGGCAAAACUUACUUCUUCAAAGGCACAAAGUAUUGGAAGUACACUGACACCACGAUGGACGACGGAUAUCCAAAAGACAUAGCCGACGGUUUUGCCGGUAUCCCGGAUAAUGUUGACGCCGCUCUUGUUUGGAGCGGGAACGGAAAGAUUUACUUUUUCAAAGGCUCAAAGUUCUGGAAAUUCGACCCGAUGCAAAAGCCCCCUGUAAAGAGCACGUACCCGAAGCCCAUCAGCAACUGGGAUGGUAUACCGGAUAACAUAGACGCGGUUUUGCAUUACACCAAUGGCUAUACAUAUUUUUUCAAAGACGAGAACUAUUACAGGUUCAACGACAGGACGUUUGCAGUCGAUACUGCAGAUCCACCUUUCCCUCGCAAUGCUGGCUAUUGGUGGUUUGGCUGUAGGGCGGAAAAUAAGGGACAUCGGCAAGAAGUGACCGCAGCGCCCAGCAUACUCAGACCAACGUGGAUGGAAGUGAGACGGGAUCACAAGGGCAAUCAAAACACGGAUGUCGGUGAUCUGAUAUUGGACGCAGAUAACUCUAGAAUAUUCAACGAGACGCAGCUGAGGUUUGCUAGAAGUAGUUCACCAAAACACACAGUCGCCGUCUUGUGUGUUAUCUUGACCUCGUUGUGGUGGUGCAUUUCCUGAACUUCCGGAACCAGAUCCAGAGUUCCAGUGUUCCAGGCGUCAAAGAUACUCAACUGUUCGCAAUUAUUCAUAACUGUGAUAAAAAAAGUAAACUACUUACCUUUACGUAUGAUUAUUGUGCCUAUAAAACGUUUCAUAUUUUUGUACGUUUUUAUUUAUAUUUAUACAUUAAUAAUUUAUUGAAUAACCGUUUGAUCCAGCCAAUUUGUGUUAGCACAUAUUACACAUGUUAAAUUAAUGUGUUGGUUCAUACCUAAUAACAAGUAUAAAUGUAUAAUACUGUAAAAUACCUUAUAUGGACAUUAUGUCGUCCCUCAGUUUGUCAUGAUUUAAUUAAACUGUUCAUUAGUAUAGUUACCAUUCACCAAUAUACCUAAAAGUAUUAUUAUUUUUAUAAUCAUAUUAUUCAACGAAGUUUUUUUUGCAUAUUCCUACAACUAAGCAUCAAUCCUAUAUAGAAUUUCUAGAUGAUGAUAUUUCAACAAUAUUUCAGGAGAUUUUAAAAACAAUCUACCAAACGAUGAUUCUAUUUUAAAAAUAUUUCUAAAAUAUUUCAAAAAUAUUAUCAUCUCCCGAAAUGCUGUGUAGGAUGUAUUAAUUGUCUUUAAGCUUAAUGAGGCCCAAUGCCGUUUUUUCAAAUUGUUCACAAUUUUAUAAAAUUGAAAAUUAUAUUUUACGUUUCAGUUGCCCCUAAAUUUUAAUACUUUUUCACUUAUCUAUUAGCCGAUACCUAUUUAGAGGAGGUGGGGUUGAUAGGUGUAUUUUAUCGAAAAAACGACUUCACAGGAAUUAUUAUCAGGCCUUGAAGAAUUAACGGAUUUUGAUAACUAUUUUUUUAUCUGAAGAAGAAGACUUCCUACAGGCUGCAUUGAACUCCUAUUUUUAUUUUAUUUCAAACAAUGGUACUAUAUAAUUUGUAAAAAAAAAACUUAAAAUUAUUAUUUUUGAAGACAUAUUAAAAAGUUUGAGAUUAAAAUAUUGAAAAUAGAGUUCAGCUUUAAAGUUAAAAAAUGUUAUCAAAUUUGUUCGAUUCUACAGAAGAAGAUCAAUAUUCCCUUGAAGCGUAUUUUUGUGGACAAAAU